AUGGACAUUUCAACAUACACCCUCACGCCAAGAGCGUUUAGGCCGUUGUGGAAGCACCGUUCGCGCACAGUGCGCGCGCCGCGCAGUGUACCGACAUGGGGCGGCUGCACACUUCUCGUGGUGACACUGAGGCGCGAGGGGCGCGACGCCAACUGGGGCCUGAGGCUGGUGGGCGGCGCGGACCUCGCCACGCCGCUCAUCGUCACCAGGGUGACUCCUGGAACACCUGCUGGUCGGGAUCUGGCUCGUGGCGACAUAAUUGCGAAAAUCGACGACUACGAUGCACGUGACCUGAGACACGAGGACGCGCAAAACCUAUUCAAAAACGCCUCCAACCAGAUCAAACUGGUGGUGCAGAGGGGCAGACCAAGUACCCACCUGUAUCCAAUGCCGCGCUCUUGCGGCAGCUAUGUAGGGCGCUCGCCAACGCCUUCGUUCUAUUAUGAACGUUUUGAGGACGUGGAGCGUGAGGGACUGCGCGAUUCGACACAAGCGCAGCGCUCGCCUAUAUGCCAACGCAGCCGCACCUCCCUUCAGGACUCCGAGCCCCCUGCCGAGCGCGUGGCGCGGUCCGGAGUCCCUCCCGCGGAGCACCCCGGUGCCGCCGUACUCGCUCCCAGUGCAGCAGGAGGGCGAGUUCCGCACGGUGAUGCUGUCGCCGACAUCGAGUCGCAACGACGAGGUCAUCGACGAGUCCAUCCAGAGCCAGCCGGCUGGAGUACAGUCCGCGGCCGUCCUCAGCACGACACGUCCGCGCCAACGGCUCCCACCGAGAUGGCGGCCAAUCCGAACUUCUUCCCCAACGGCUACCAGGACCCAAUGCACCCCGAGGAGGAGGCGGUCACCAACUGGCCUUACCGCACGACGCCGCUGGUGCUGCCGGGCGCGAAAGUUCGCCGCGAGCCCGGCCCAACAGAGAGCUACUUGCGCCACCACCCCAACCCAGCAAUGAGGGCGCCACCGCACCACGACUACCGCGACACUCUCAUGAAGCAGAAGGUUGCCGAGUCGGUGUUGCAGCGAGUGGUUGGCGAAGAGGGCAAUAAGUUUGUGCACAAACAGUUCAACUCGCCCAUCAAUCUAUAUUCAGAACAAAACAUCGCCAACUCGAUCAGGCAACAAACAACGCCUCUGCCCUCUAACGGCCAUUACGCGCGGCCGCACGUUGUCAAGAGCCACAAGCCGACGCUGCUCUACGACCCCGCCAAGUCGGAGACGUACCGCGCGCUGCAAGAGCAAGAGCACGGUGACGGCGGCGAAGCGCUCGAACAGCCGGCUCCCGCGCAGACCAAGCUCUUCACGGCGCCCCCCAACAAGAGGCCGACGCCCACUCCGAAACCAACGAAGCAACCAGAGGCGAACUCCAAUGGAAAGCAAACAACCUUCGUGAAUUCGUUACAAGAAGAGCAUAUCCAGCAGUCUAACUCGUUCAAACGCCUCAUGUACAACGUGCUCGGCGACACGGAGUUC